AAUUGGGUUUCUUCUAUUUUGGGCACUCGAUAGAGUCUACCAGCAACUAAAUCCACCGUUCAAUACGUUACGCGCCGCCCCACAAAGCCCCGCCACUGCCUCACCUAUGAGAAUCACGCCGCCAAGCGUCCCCACUGAUCGAUUCUUCCACUACUCACUCUUGUAUUCCAGAGGUUAGUUUCAUCUCUUCUUUACGUUUCUCCUCCGUUCAUCCAUUUUCGCUCAUCCUCAGAAUAUGUAAAAACGGUUUCUCGCCAUGAUAUCGUUCGUUAGAUUUCGGAAUUUAUCCUACAAAUUCCGAAACGAAACUGAUUUAGUUAGACGUUUUCAUUCCGGAACGAAUCCAAAAUCCAAUUCUCCAGAUUCUUCCUACUCUACCGUUGCUAUUUUCUGGGAUUUGGAUAAUAAACCACCGAAAUCGUUACCGCCUUACCAAGCUGCUGUUAAGCUUAAGACUGCAGCAGCUUCCUUCGGCGCGGUUCGUUAUAUGGUGGCGUAUGCGAAUCGGCAUGCGUUUAGCUACGUGCCGCAAGUUGUUAGAGAGCGGAAACGAGAGAGGAAGAUGCUUAAUCAAUUGGAGAGAAAAGGUGUGAUUAAAUCGAUUGAACCAUAUCUGUGUCGUGUUUGUGGGAGGAAUUUUUAUAUGUACGAGAAGUUAGUGAAUCAUUUUAAGCAAAUUCAUGAGAGUGAGCAUAAGAAGAGGUUGAAUCAGAUUGAAUCUGCGAGGGGUAGUAGAAGAGUGAAGUUGAUAGCUAAGUAUUCGAUGAAAAUACAGAAGUAUAAGAAUGCUGCUAGGGAUGUUUUGACUCCUGAAGUGGGAUAUGGUUUAGCUGAUGAGUUGAAGAGGGCAGGGUUUUUUGUGAAGACUGUGUCGGAUAAGCCUGAAGCUGCUGAUGUAGAAUUGAGAAAUGACAUGGUUGAGAUUAUGGAUAGGAGAAGAGCAGAGUGUUUGGUUCUUGUAUCAGAUGAUUCUGAUUUUGUGAAUGUUUUGAAGGAAGCUAAGUUAAGAUGUCUCAGGACAGUUGUUGUAGGGGAUUUGAAUGAUGGGCCAUUGAAGAGAAAUGCUGAUACUGGGUUUUCUUGGAAGGAGAUUUUAAUGGGGAAGGCUAAAAAGGAGGCUGUUUCUGUUGUGGGAAAAUGGAAGGAUCGGGAUGUUUUGAAGAGAUUGGAAUGGACGUACAAUCCUCAGUUGGAGAAGGAAGUGUCUGGUUUAGAUGAUGAUAUAGGCGAGGAAGACAAUGUUGAAGAAGGUUCUGUUGAUGGGGGACUUUGUGAGAUUAUGCAAAAUAAUGACAGGGGUGCUUGGUGGGAUCUCAGCUCUGACGCUGAAACUGAUACUGUUUCAUCACCAUCAUGGAAAUGACUUAACUGUAGCAUGUAUCCUUGAUUUUUGAAUUGCGUUCUCUAUAAAUUAGACAAGUUAUGGUUCAAAUUCCCUUAUGUUGAAGGCCUCUUUCUUUUUGGAACUUUUGACCUGGGUUAUAUAGUUCAGUUAUAUUCUAUAAAUGAGUUCAUAACGGAAAUCAAAUGAAAGAUUGGGUUUGUAUGUAUGCGAAUAUAUGGUUUGCAUCGCAUGAUAAUAAGAAAAUAGGCUUUGCAUAA